UGAUUCUCCUUUGCCUGUGUCAUCGCGUGUGUGUUUUGUAAAGUUCCAUGAUCCUGACUCAGCAGUUGUGGCCCAGCAUCUGACAAACACUGUAUUCGUUGACAGAGCGUUGAUAGUCGUACCAUAUGCAGAAGUUCUUUUCCCUGGUUCAGCCUGAACUAUAUACCAGGCCCUGCUGAAAAUACCACCCAACAGUUUUCUUCUGCAGCUUAUCCAGUUUCUCUUAAGUGCCCUGUACAUAUUUGAAGCAGCCGACACGAGUCGUUGUUCAUAAAACAGCUUUUGAAAGUUGAGAGCACACCCCUGGAGAACCGACUGUGCUUGCUUACGUUUGGUUCAUGACUUAAAAAUCGAGUACAGGUGAUGAAAUCUUGGCAGUGUUAACAAAAAAGUAGUGUGUAUUGUGCUAUUUUUUUGCUCUAGAAACUUAACCAUUUGUAGAGAAAAAGGAACAGUCAAAUUUUCACCCAUUGAAGUUUCAUUCUGACAAAAAAAAAAAAAAAUUAAUGAUAAAUAUUAAUAGACAUCGAGCUUUGUAUUUUAGCCAACAUAAGUACUUUCAACAAACUCAGGUGGUGUAUCAGGGAGACAUUUUCUGGGUGUAUUUGUGUAUUUUCUGCCUCGGAAAGGAAUGCUCUCUAAUGCCAGGCUGUUUCUCUGCAGGAGUUAUUCCUGAUGAGACUAAGGCUUUGUCUCUCUUGGCACCAGCUAACGCCGUGGCAGGUCUGCUGCCCGGGGGGGGACUCCUGCCCACUCCCAACCCACUCUCUCAGAUCGGUGCUGUCCCUUUAGCUGCUUUAGGAGCUCCCGCUCUCGAUCCUGCCCUGGCUGCUCUCGGGCUUCCUGGAGCAAACUUAAACUCUCAGUCUCUUGCAGCAGAUCAACUACUAAAACUUAUGAGCACAGUGGAUCCAAAGUUGAACCAUGUAGCUGCAGGCCUUGUCUCACCCAGUCUGAAGUCAGAUACCUCCAGUAAAGAAAUCGAAGAAGCUAUGAAAAGAGUCCGAGAAGCACAGUCACUAAUCUCUGCUGCUAUAGAGCCCGACAAAAAAGAUGAGAAACGAAGGCAUUCGAGGUCGAGGUCACGCUCCAGGAGGAGGAGGACACCUUCUUCAUCCAGACACAGACGGUCAAGAAGCAGGUCGAGGAGAAGGUCCCAUUCCAAAUCGAGGAGCAGGAGGCGAUCCAAGAGCCCGAGGAGGAGGAGGUCUCACUCCAGAGAGAGGAGCAGGAGGUCGAGGAGCACAUCCAAAACCAGGGAUAAAAAGAAGGAAGAGAAAGAGAAGAAACGUUCUAAAACUCCUCCCAAAAGCUACAGCACAACCAGGCGAUCGAGAAGCACAAGCAGGGAAAGACGACGUAGGAGAAGCAGGAGCGGAUCCCGGUCACCUAAAAAACCCAGGUCUCCUAAAAGGAAAAUGUCCCGGUCCCCAUCUCCAAGAAGACAUAAAAAGGAAAAAAAGAAGGAUAAAGACAAGGAGAGGAGUCGAGAUGAGAGGGAGCGGUCAACCAGCAAGAAAAAGAAGAGCAAAGACAAGGAGAAGGAUCGGGAACGGAAAUCUGAGAGCGACAAGGACGUGAAACAGGUCACAAGGGAUUACGACGAAGAGGAGCAAGGGUACGACAGCGAGAAGGAGAAAAAGGAGGAAAAGAAAAUGGCAGAUUCUUCCUCCCCGAAAGGCAAGGAAUGCGGGGCCGAGAAAGGGAGCGGGGAUUCUGCCAGGGAAUCCAAAGUGAACGGGGACGAUCACCACGAGGAGGACAUGGACAUGAGUGACUGAGCCCUGUCCCCGCAGCCUCGGUGUGUCAUUCCUCUGUCAUUCUUUUACGCUGUACCCGUUAACCCUCAGUUAGAUGUCUGAUAACAGCUCCGCGCUACGCCCCGUUUGUAAACCCCCCCGUACUAACUCCCACCAGAGCAGCCUCCUGGUGACCCCGGGGUGGUGGGGCCCGGCCGUGGGGCUCUCACUGGGCACAGGAAGCCCUGCAGGUGUCCCCAGCAGGCAGGGGCUGGGUGGUGAGAGGCCCCCGCUGACCCAGCUCACCCCAUAGCGUCCCCCACCCCCCACAGACCUCCGUGGGGCACACACAGCCUCCCCGUGCCCGGUCCUGCCGCUCCGGGGGGACCUACUCAAGGGUCUUAAGUGUGACUACACAAAAAAAACCCACAGUCCAUCUGAAAACGAGCGUCCUGAUCCUCCUGAUCGAUCGUCCUCAUCCUCCUGAUCUAGGUAGUUCUUUUGUUUCUGUUGUAUUUUUUUAAGCCAUGUGGCUGGGGUUGCUUGGUUUUGUUUUUCUGGUUUCCUUUGGCUUUUGACAAGAGUUAAAAUGCACUAACCUUUUUGAGGGCUUGGUUUUUUUUUCCUUUUGGAUGGUUUUUAUCUUUUUUUAACUCCGUUCCAGCCCGUCUGGGGCGAGGUGUGGUGGCUCCACAGCCCCGGGGAGGGACAGAUCUCCGCGUGCCCAGUGACAGAGGGUCGAUCGGCGCGGUUUCCCUGAUCAGGGGGUUUGAUUUUGUUGCAGAAAAGGGUAGUGCAUUUUAAACCUGACCUUCCUACGCUUUCCAAAGCAGGUCGACUUGAUAAUGUACUUUUUACUUGGAUCUCCAGUUGUAUAAACUAAUAAAUUUGUGUUUGCUGUCACUGCAGUAGUAGCCUCAUGCGCACGGUGAGCCCGCCCUCUCCGCAGAGUAGUUAGAGCAGCCCUUUCCUCCCUCCCGCCCCUUCCAGAGCUUUUACUUUUGUGCAGGUAAAAAACCAACCCCGAGCCGAGCGGGGGCUGGGUCUGUGCCAUGUCGAUGUACAGUUUCUGAAAUUGUUUUACAGAACUUUGAUAAUAAAAACCCUUAAACUCACA